AUGCCGCCUCUGCUGGCGCACGUUCGAGGUGGCCCGCAAGCCGUAGAGGCGCUCAUGAGCAAUUGGUUCGACCAAGUAUGUCCAGCCUGGUCGGCAUUCGACUCGCCCCUGAACCCGAAUCGGAAGAUUGCCCUGGAGCUGAUGCACAGUUCGGCUUCCGUCUUCAACGCUCUACGAAGCAUGUCGGCCAGUUUCCUCUCUGCGAGGCUGCCACAACUGGAAAGGCCCGCCCUUCAGAUGCUCAGAACAGCGGCGCUAUCCAUAACGGAGGAAGCACAUAUUUUGCGGACGAAGCCUACUCUAGACGCUGUACCGACCGGCCUUCUCUUCUCUCUCUUCUGUCUGGGCACCUCUGUAUGCUGGUUGGACGCCGGGCGUCUGGGCUUGCCGUUUCUAAAAGAGGCCAAGGACAUCCUUUCCCGCCUGUCUGGCAGGGCCGUCCUGGCAGCAGACGACCAACUCGAGACGUUGGCAUUUUUUAAGAAGAGCCUUGUGUACUGGGAAAUGUUGCUGUCAUUUGUGGACGACUAUCAGCCCGAACGCGCGGAGCAGGACUUCCAGUUUUCGCCUUCUCGUGAUAUGCAAGGCACCAAAACUGAUCAUUUUCCCCAUCCGUGGACCGGCAUUUCAACACUAGCGGCACGUCUCUUUACUCGGUCCAUCCGCCUGUGCCGAUCGUACCGACGUCGCAUAUCGCGGCCAAGGGGGACUGAAAUAGCGUUCGAAGCUGCCAUGCAGGAGGUACAAGAGGCUCAGAAGCUGGAGCAGGAGCUACUCGAGCUGGACUUUUCGUCCGCUACACCUACGAACAACACGGGUGACGAGAAGACGCCCUGGAUGCACCUUGCAUAUGUUGCGGAGGCGUAUCAGUUGGCAUCUCUACUGCAGAUUUACUUGACGUUCCCAGAUCUGGUGGCCCUCCGCCUGCAGCUCGACCCAGAUAUCGAGACCAGUACCGAUAUCCCCUGCGACAGGUGGACAAUCCCCGUCGCUCUGCGCCUCACAAAGGUCUUGGAACAGAUUCCAGCAGAGUCCGGUAGCCGUGUGAUUCAACCGCUGUUGUACAUUUGUGCGAGCACGGGGCUCUGCUGCAAUAUGUCUCCAUCUUCGUCAACGCCGGCAUACCAAACAAAUGCCGACAUGGGCUGCAAUACUCUUCCCGUGGUGUUGGGCGGUCAGAGUAUCCUGAGUUACAUCGAUCAGAUGCAGGUGGCAGGCGGGAGGGGUGCUUUGACCGAAGUGGCGGUAGAGAUUGGGUCUGCCCGCAACUUCAUCUUGCGUCGACUCGAUACCCUCGAAUGUACCCUACAGCCACGACCUAUUGCCGUUGCGAAGAAACUUGUCAAAGCGAUCUGGGCUGUGUAUGAUGACGAGAAGCGGGGAUUCACCUGA